AUGGCGGAGCUGGCGGCUGGAGCCGUCGGCUCGUUGCUGGGCGUCCUCCGGGCUGAGGCCCAGCUGCUGAGACGCGUCGGCAAUGACGUGGAGUUCAUCAAGGAGGAGAUGGAAAGCAUGAACAGCUUCCUGGAGCACCUGGCCAGGACGGCGCCACCCAGCGGCUCGCACGACGAGCAGGUGCAGACAUGGAUGAACCAGGUCCGGGAACUCGCCCACGACUGCAGCAACUGCAUCGACCAUUACCUACUACGCGGUGACCCGGCGAUCCACCGCGCCAGGGGUGGUCUCAAAGGCCACUUUUGGUGGGCUUACUGGUUCGUGCAGGAGUUGAUCGCCAAGCACAUAGCGGCCACCCGGCUGCGUGAGCUCAAGGAGCGGGCCGCCGAUGUCGGCAAGCGCCGGUUGAGGUACGGCGUGGAGAUCCCUGGGAAGCCGGCUACCCCAGGUGGUGCCACAUCGUCAUCGACACUGAUGCCAUCAUCCUCGUCCUCGUCUCAAGCCAUUGCCGCACUUCCGGCGGCUGCAGAAGACAAUGAUGAGGAUGAAGGCAUUCAGCAUCAGGCAGGAGCGAUGGCGGAGCAUUACUCUUACUACCGUCGACUAGUUCUGGAACCUCCCAGUCUGGAUAACUACUUCAUAGAGAAGAUAUGCAACUGGGUGGCGAGACUCAGGACCAACGCGGAACCAAUGCGUUCCAUCGCCAUUGUAGUACCAGAAGAUACAGACUACAUCACUGUAAGUGAAGGUUUGGAGAAAGCGAGCGCACAAUUUAAGCGCACGGUGUGGAUCAACCUGCCUUCAGUACACUACCCAUCAGAUAAGCUAGGACCCAACAAGGUUCUUCUCUUCAUCCUGCGUGUAUGCAGACUUCAGAAGCAACACAACGAUGAUAAGAAGUGGAAGGAAGAAAAGGUUACUAGUCGAUUCGAUGUUUGGAGCAAUGGAAGGAAGGAGAAAAGAAGAAUCAGGCAGCAAUUUGAACGCAGAGUUGAAGGAAAAAUUAAAGAACUCAAAAACAAGAUUGAAGAUAUGGAGAGCAAGAUUAGUGUUAACAUGAAAAUGGUUGGUAGCGACAAGAAUGAGGCUACAGAAGGGGGGAAUCAGAUCACGGUCACAGAGGAAUUCAAAGCCAAUUUCGACAGCAAGAUUAAAGAGCUCGAAAACAAGAUUAAAGAUAUGGAGAGCAAGAUUAAUGAGAAGACAGGAGGGGGGCACGUGACAGGAGGAACAGAGGGGAACAUCAAGAAUGAAGAAACACAAGGGGGAGACAAGAAUGUUGAUGAAAAGGGAGGGAGCAACAACGUGACUCAACAAACAGUGGGGGCCAAGGCCAACAACAAUGGAGCAACACAAGGGGUAAACAAUAUUGUUGAACAACUAAGUGUGACAAACACGGCAAGACCCUUAGGUGCACUCUACCUGGCACUGCUAGUGCUAUGUGAGGAAAGGAAUGAGCAGGAAACCAAGGACGUACUAGAAUCGGAUGAGCAAAAGAUUAUCAAGAAAACAGCUAUGAAGCUGGCACAGUAUAUGAAAAGUCAAGGCGUGAACCUGCGCGACAGCCAAUACGAACACAUUCUGCAGGAGCUGUUCCUGACCAGUGCUAGUAAUCCUGCUCCUGCUCCUGCUCCUGCUCCUGCUACAUUGGGUGACAAGCAGACCAAAGAAAUCAGGGAUCAGAUCAAAGAAAUCAUCAUCUGUGUGAUUAAAGAAGACGUUUUAGCAGUCACACAGUCUACCAAGUCCCGUGUUCCAGGAGAACAAAAACCUGGUGAAGAUCAAAUCGCCAGUGCCAUCCAAUAUACCAAGGACAAGAUUCCAGAAAUGGAGCUCAAGAUUAAGCAGCAGAUGAUGAUCAAAUGGAUAGUGGAUCAAAUCAAUGAGCUUUUAGAUGAUAAAGAUAAUCUGCUUAUUAUCCUGCACGAUGAGAAUAGAAGACGUGGACCCAAGUGGGAGGAUAUAAUGAAUGCGGUGAAGCUAUUGAAGUGCGCCAAGGGCAGUGCAAUGAUAGUGACUACGAGGGACAGCCAGAAAGCCAAAGAGUUUUGCUACCCACCCACAGAGCCAAUAACAUAUUCUCUUGUUGGACUAUACCAUGAUAUUGUACUCAAGCUCACACAACAUAGGGUGAACAACGAAAAUGACAACAGCACCCAGAUUUUCCGUGACAUCUUGGACAAGUGCCAUCCACAUGAAUUCUGCAUGAAGAUGUUCGCUGGUGCUUUGUAUGCUAAUCCCAAUAGGAGCAACAAAGAACUAGAGAGGCUAUCUGAGUGCCUGCAGGUGCAGGAUCCUGCAAGUCCAGAAAACACAUUGGCCAUUAAUGCAAAGAAGAUAUUCAAGUUUUCCUACAGAGAUCUGUCUAGAGAGCACAAGACCUGCUUGCUGUACCUAGCCAUCUUCAGCCAAGGUGACAACAUCAGGCGGUCAACCUUAAUAGGACGAUGGCUUACAGAACGGCUCAUAAGAAAGGAAGACUGGUCCAUUGCAGUUCAGCAUGCUGAGCAAUGUUUCGAUGCUCUCAUCGACCGGUGUCUUGUUUGUCCUGGGGGUAUUAGUGCUAAAGGAGAGUUCAAGAGCUGCAUGGUUGGCCAUCUUGUCCAUGGAUUUAUAACCAAAAUGGCUAAAAAGCAACACAUUUUGGAUCCACGCCUGUCACAUCUCUUGGCUAGGCACUUUUCCAUCUUCAGUGGUCUCCGACUCCGCGCCUCUGAUACCAUAGAAAAGUUUGUCAAGGAGCUUCAUAAUUAUUCACCUCACCUAUCACAACUCAAGUUGCUAGAUCUGCAAGGUUGUCAAUGUUUUGACGACAAAAACUACUACCUCAAGGCCAUAUGCAACAACAUUCCAUUUCUCAAGUAUCUAAGCCUAAGGGAAACAAAUAUUACCCAUCUACCCAGAGAAAUCAACAACCUCCAUGACCUAGAAAUAUUGGACAUACGGCAAACCAGUGUGCCUCCAAAGGAAACAAGGCAUGUCCUGCUCCUGAAGCUAAGGCGCCUGCUUGCUGGUGACACUGAUUCAAGUGCAAGCGGUAAUGGCACAGGCAUAACCAAUAGGAAGCAGAAGUCAGUAUGCUCAUGUGUCAGUAUCCCAUUCAAGAUUGAGAAAAUGGAAAACCUCGAGGUGUUGUCUAAUGUCAUGGCUUCGUCACAUGGAAAUGAGUUGAAGGACAUUAGUAAGUUAUGGCAGCUGAGGAAGCUCGGUGUAGUUAUCAAUGAUAAUGACACACACCUCUUGAAUUUGCUUCAAGCCAUUGGGGACUUGAAAGAGUGCCUUCAGUCUGUUUCGAUCACGAUAGCUGAAACCAGGAAGGAGGAAACCUUCAUUGAACCAAAGUUACUAACAGACCGUAUAUACAGCCGCUUGGUACAACCACCGAAACUCCUAGAGAGUGUAAGCAUCAACGGACGCACAAAUAGGGUGCGGAUCCUCUCAUUAUUGGGCAAAGGUAGCAGUGAACUUGCCAAGGUGGUUCUGAGUGGCACCAUGUUGGAGCAGAGAAACCUUAAGGUGCUUGACUCUCUUCCCAAGUUACGCUGCAUCAGGCUCUGUCAUUUUGCAUACAAUGAUCCUCAGCUCACCUUCGAAAAGGAAGAAUUCGAACAUCUGAAAUGCUUACUUAUCGAUGGACCCAAUAUGACUGACAUCAACUUUGUAAAGGGAGCAGCUGUUGCACUCGAGAAGAUUGUUUUAUCCUCCACCAACAUAAAGUAUCUUUAUGGUGUCGGUCACCUUCCAAAGUUAAAGGUGCUUGAAUUGAAGGGCAACGAAUUAUUUGAUUCAUUCUCUGACGGAGAAGCAGCUGCGCUGAAAACCACUGAACCUGUAUCAGCUUCUGAAGAUAGAGCAGCUCCUCAGAAAAACACUCAACUUGUUUCACAUCCUGAAGAUGGAGGAGUUCCUCAGAAUCAGACUCAAGUUGCUUCACCUCCUGAUGAUGGAGCAGUUUCUCAGAAAAAUACUGAAUCUGUUCAGCUUCCUGAAGAUGGAGCAACUUCUAAGAAAAAGACUGAACUUGUUUCACCUUCUGAAGUUGGCGAAGCUCCUCAGAAAAGCACUGGACUUGUUUCACCAUCUGAAGAUGGAGCAGCUCCGCAGAAAAAUACUGAGAUAAAUAUCACCUUCAAGAAGGAAGAAUUCCAGCAUCUCAAGUAUUUCCAUUUUGAGGACAGAAGAAUAAUCAACAUCAUAUUUGAAAAUGAGGCAACUCCUGAGCUUGAGAAGAUCAUCUUGUACAUGGCCAGCACAGAAUCCAAACUUACUGUGUCUGGUAACCUUCCAAAACUCAGAGAGAUCGAAGUGAAAGGAGACAAGACAAUCUUCCUUUCGCUAUUCAACAAUGCCGAUAAGAUUAACAAGGUGACUCUCUCUGAUACCAAACUCAACAAAGGCGAUGAUAUAUAUAAACUCCUUUCGAAGAAACAAAGCAUGUGCUGCCUAGAGCUCCUAGACAAUUCUUAUGAUGAAGAUGAAAGCCAGCUUACCUUCGACAAAGAUGAAUUCGGUAACCUAAACCUACUUAUUAUCAAGUGCUCUAAGAUAAGAAAAAUCAACUUCCACAGCAGAUCUUGUCCUAACCUCGAGAAGAUCAUCUGGUUCUACAACGGGUCUUAUCCUCAAGACGAAAUCCAAAUCUCUGGCAUGGAAAACAUUGGGAAAUUGAAGGAACUUGAGCUGAAUGCUGACUCCGUCCCUCGUCAGUUGAGGAAAGACAUCAAAGCACACAAAAACAAGCCUGUUCUCACACUCAAGAAACCGCCACAUAAGGACGACAAAGCACACGAAGAGAAACAGGAUGAUGUGUCAUGCUUUCCACAUUUCACCACCAGCUAUUUCUCCAAGAAGAAGGAUCAGCAGUAG